AUACAUGAUCCUUGCAACCAUCAUUGCCAACUGUAUUGUACUGGCGUUGGAGCAACAUCUGCCGGUUAAUGACAAGACACCCAUGUCAGAACGCCUGGACGACACAGAGCAUUACUUUAUCGGGAUAUUCUGUUUCGAGGCUGGCAUUAAGAUCAUCGCCCUGGGCUUUGUCUUUCACAAAGACUCCUACCUUCGUAACGGCUGGAACGUAAUGGACUUCGUGGUUGUCCUCACCGGGAUUUUGGCCAAGGUAGGUUCGGAUUUUGACUUAAGGACGCUGCGGGCUGUACGAGUGCUGAGACCUCUCAAACUGGUGUCAGGAAUUCCUAGUCUACAGGUGGUGUUGAAGUCCAUAAUGAAGGCCAUGGUUCCUCUGCUGCAGAUCGGCUUGCUGCUUUUCUUUGCUAUUGUCAUGUUCGCCAUUAUAGGAGUGGAACUCUACAUGGGCAAGUUUCAGAAGGCAUGCUUCAAACGCGGCACAGAGGAGCUUGCUGCUGAUUACCCAUGUGGCUUGGAACCUCCAUCUAGGCUGUGUCCCAAUGACACAGACUGUAGAAUAGGCAGCGCGUGGAAAGGGCCAAACUACGGCAUCACUAACUUUGACAACAUCUUGUUCGCCAUACUCACUGUUUUCCAGUGCAUCACCAUGGAAGGAUGGACCGAUAUCCUUUACGACACCAAUGAUGCCUUGGGCAACACAUGGAACUGGAUGUACUUCAUCCCCCUCAUCAUCAUCGGCUCCUUCUUCAUGCUCAACCUAGUGCUGGGUGUCUUAUCAGGAGAGUUUGCCAAGGAAAGAGAACGUGUAGAGAAGAGACAGGAGUUUCUGAAGCUACGCAGGCAACAACAAAUUGAGAGAGAGUUGACUGGCUACCUGGAGUGGAUUUGUAAAGCAGAGGAGGUGCUGUUGGCAGAGGAAGACCAGAAUGCAGAAGAGAAAUCUCCACUGGAUGGAGCGUGGUACAAGAGGAAACAGAACAAUCCGGUGCUGAAAAGAGCAAAGGUCAAGAAGGGGAAGAAUGACCUCAUCAGUGCCGAGGAGGCACCCCCUGGAUCUCCCUUUGCCCGAGCCAGCCUGAAAAGCAACAAGAACGAAAGCUCAUCAUACUUCCGCCGCAAGGAGAAACGAGCGCGCUUCUUCAUUCGCCGCAUGGUGAAAGCCCAAAGCUUCUACUGGAUUGUUUUGUGCAUAGUGGGCUUGAACACGCUUUGCGUGGCCAUCGUUCACUACGACCAGCCUAAGGGGCUCACCAAAGCACUCUGUUGGGCAGAGUUUGUGUUCCUGGGUCUGUUUCUAUGUGAGAUGACGCUGAAGAUGUACGGCCUGGGGCCCAGGAACUACUUUCACUCCUCAUUCAACUGCUUUGACUUUGGGGUCAUUGUGGGGAGUAUAUUUGAGGUGGUGUUGGCAACCAGCCAAAAUGGAGCCUCUUUCGGUAUUAGCGUCUUGAGGGCUCUACGCUUGCUCCGAAUAUUUAAAGUGACCAAGUAUUGGAACUCUUUGAGGAAUCUGGUGGUGUCUCUGCUCAACUCAAUGAAAUCCAUUAUCAGCUUGCUCUUCCUCCUCUUCCUCUUUAUUGUGGUCUUUGCUUUGCUGGGCAUGCAGCUCUUUGGAGGACAGUUUAAUUUUGAUAACGAAACACCUACUACCAAUUUUGACAACUUCCCUUCUGCCAUAAUGACCGUAUUUCAGAUUUUGACAGGAGAAGACUGGAAUGCCGUGAUGUAUCAUGGGAUUGAGUCUCAGGGCGGCGUCCCGCUUGGGAUGUUCUCCUCCGUUUACUUCAUCAUUCUUACUCUCUUUGGAAACUACACUCUUCUUAAUGUGUUCUUGGCUAUUGCUGUCGAUAACCUUGCCAAUGCUCAGGAGCUGACAAAGGAUGAAGAGGAGCAAGAGGAAGCAGCCAAAAAGAGCAUAGCACUGCAGAAGGCCAUGGAGGUGAAGGAGGUUAGCCCGAUGUCAGCAGCUAACAUUUCCAUCGCAGCUUUUGUAAAGCAAAAUCGAGAUGUGCUCUCUCGCAGCUCUUCCGUCAGCAGCGUUCACUCACUCAAAGAGCAGCAGCGCUCCCUCCAGAAAAUGUCUAUCUGGGAGCAGCGCACUUCACAACUACGUCGCCACAACCUGCGCAACAGCAGUGAAGCACUAUACAGCGAGCUGGAGCCGGAAGAUCGGCUGCGCAUGUCCUCAGCGCUACACCUGCGGCCCGAUAUGAAGGCGCACCACGAUCGGCCCUUGGUGGUGGAUAAAACGCACCCGCCGGAUGGCACGGACACCCUGGAGGAGGCACCUGCAAACAAACACCACCGCUGCCGUGGAGAGAACCGAGAGUCUGUAGAAGGACGCCGACAUCGGCACCACCGUGGCAGUGAACACAGAGGCCACCAGGAUGGAGGACACAGGAACCAGACAGAGGAUUGUGAUGAUGACAGGGAGCACCAUCACCACCAUUCUCACCGCUCCCGUGAGACUGAUGGUGAUAGCAGUAAUGGAGUGAAAGGAGAGAGAAAUCUGAGAGGGCACAGAGAAGGUGAAGCAGGAAAUGGUGAGAGGAGGAGACACAGGCUUCGCAUCAAAGCUCAAACCACACUUGACAAGGAGGAGACCAGGGACAACAAAGAGAGAGAUAGUCCAAGCCACAGGGACAGGCUUAAUGAUGCAGAGGGUGAUGGCUUGAGCUUGAGUUCUGUCCCCUCGCCUACUGAGAGACAAGAGGAUUCGGAUAACCUUAAAAACAGCACCAAGGCUAGAUCAACAGCAGUCAGCAUCCCUGUUACAGUCACUGCCCCGCCAGGAGACACCACCGUCAUUCCCAUGAAUAACAUAGAUGGUGAGCGCCUUCUCCUGAAUGAGGAAAAGAAGGAUCUGGAUGAACUGAAUCAGAACGCUCCAAAACGCAUCUUACCCUACAGCUCUAUGUUUGUGUUUGGUCAGUCCAAUCCCGUACGAAGGUUGUGUCACUAUGUGGUGAACUUGCGUUACUUUGAGAUGUGCAUUCUCGUCGUGAUUACCAUGAGCAGCAUCGCACUGGCUGCGGAAGACCCUGUGAAUACUACUGCUUUUCGGAACAACGUGCUAAAAUACUUAGAUUACAUCUUUACCGGCGUGUUCACAUUUGAAAUGGUGAUAAAGAUGAUUGACCUCGGGCUGCUGCUCCACCCCGGCUCUUACUUCAGAGACCUGUGGAAUAUUCUAGACUUCAUUGUGGUCAGCGGUGCCCUGGUGGCUUUUGCCUGCACAGGGACCAAAGGCAAGGACAUCAACACCAUCAAAUCUCUCAGGGUCCUCCGUGUGCUCCGGCCUCUGAAGACCAUCAAAAGGCUACCUAAACUCAAGGCUGUGUUUGACUGUGUGGUGAACUCUCUGAAGAACGUGCUUAACAUCCUCAUCGUCUACAUCCUCUUCAUGUUCAUCUUUGCCGUUAUCGCCGUGCAGCUCUUCAAGGGAAAGUUCUUCUACUGCACAGAUGAAUCUAAAGCUACUGAGAAGGACUGCAGAGGUCAGUUUCUGGAUUACGAUGGAGACAAAGUGGAAGCCAAGGCACGUGUAUGGAAGAAAUAUGAUUUUCACUAUGACAACGUGCUAUGGGCUUUCCUCACUCUCUUCACCGUUUCCACAGGAGAGGGUUGGCCUAUGGUGCUGAAACAUUCUGUAGAUGCCACUCAUGAAGACCAUGGCCCAAGCCCAGGCUUCCGCAUGGAGAUGUCCAUCUUUUAUGUUGUCUACUUUGUGGUCUUCCCGUUUUUCUUCGUCAACAUUUUCGUAGCCUUGAUCAUCAUCACGUUCCAGGAGCAAGGGGACAAAGCCAUGUCUGAGUGCAGCUUGGAGAAGAAUGAGCGGGCAUGCAUUGACUUUGCCAUUAAUGCCAAGCCCCUGACUCGCUACAUGCCCCAGGAUAAGCAGUCCUUCCAGUACAAGAUGUGGAAGUUUGUGGUUUCAACACCGUUUGAAUAUUCCAUCCUGACUAUGAUCGCAAUCAAUACUGUGGUUCUCAUGAUGAAGUUUAGUACCGCUUCGAAGCCUUAUGAAGACAUGCUGAAGUGGCUGAACAUCAUCUUCACUGCCCUUUUUACCCUGGAAUGUAUCCUGAAGAUCAUCGCUUUUGGGCUGCUGAACUAUCUAAAGGAAGCCUGGAACAUAUUCGAUUUUGUAACAGUACUGGGCAGUAUCACUGACAUCCUGGUCACUGAAAUUAUGCAGAACAAGCUGAUCAAUCUUAGCUUUCUGAGGCUGUUUCGAGCUGCUCGACUCAUCAAACUUCUGAGACAAGGCUACACCAUCCGUAUCCUGCUCUGGACCUUUGUCCAGUCAUUUAAGGCACUGCCAUAUGUGUGUCUGCUCAUUGCCAUGCUCUUCUUUAUCUACGCCAUCAUUGGGAUGCAGGUGUUUGGAAACAUCGAGUUAAGCUAUGAUUCAGCAAUCAACCAUCACAACAACUUCCAGACCUUCUUUCAGGCACUCAUGCUACUCUUCAGGAGUGCCACAGGCGAGGCGUGGCAUGAGAUUAUGCUGUCAUGUUUGGGUGGCAAGAAAUGUGACAAGCUCUCAGGCUCCAAUGGAAAUGAGUGUGGCAGUGAUUUUGCGUACUUCUAUUUUGUCUCCUUCAUCUUCCUCUGCUCCUUCCUGAUGCUAAAUCUGUUCGUGGCUGUCAUCAUGGACAACUUUGAGUACCUGACGCGAGAUGCUUCCAUCCUCGGUCCUCACCAUCUGGAUGAGUUCAUCCGCGUCUGGGCAGAUUACGACCCUGCUGCCUGUGGGCGCAUAUCCUACCUCGAUAUGUACGAAAUGCUGCGUCACAUGUCCCCUCCGCUAGGUUUGGGAAAGAAAUGUCCAUCACGAGUUGCCUACAAGCGCUUGGUGAGGAUGAACAUGCCCAUUGCUGAUGACAACACAGUCCACUUCACAUCCACGCUGAUGGCUCUCAUACGCACCGCCCUGGAUAUCAAACUGGCAUCAGGUGUUCUUGCCCAGCGUCUCUGUGAUGCUGACUUGAAGAGGGAGAUAAAUAAAGUGUGGCCCAACCUGUCAUCAAAAACCGUGGACUUGCUGGUGACACCACAUAAACAUAACGAGUUGACGGUUGGGAAAGUGUAUGCUGCGCUGAUGAUCUUUGAUUACUACAAGCAGAAUCGAGCCAAAAGACUCCAGGAGCAGCAGUCCACUUCCGGAGCACUGGGUAAAAUGGGGUCUCUGUUCAAGCCCAUGUUGCCCCUCACUCACAUACACGAUCAAGAGCCAUCACUCAGGAGUGCCAAACUGCCACCUCCUUCCCAAACUGAUUCAUCUCCACAUCCAGAGUUUAUGCCCACAACCCCUCUCUUGACUAACGGGGAGCCAGCAAAAAGCAGUACCAUGAAGAUUUCUCAUUCGGCAGAGACGCUUCAGGAGGGCAAGAAUUCCGUCUAUUCAGAAGAUGUGCCAAAAACUGAAUCUCAGGAAUUAGUAGAGAUGACGGAUAUGGAGAAUAAUUCUGAUGUAGUGGGCUUCUCCACACUGGAGGGCCACGGGAGGGCAGCCUCAAUGCCCAGACUUAGUGCAGGCUUCCAGCGGAGCCAGUUGCGCCACACCACCGGGAUGUACCUAGCACCCAUCACGGACAGCAGUCCCAUGCGGCGUUCAGCCUCUUCUUUGGCUUCUCAGAGAGGAGGAACAGAGUUGAAUUUGAGGGACUAUACGUUGGAGCGGCCCCCAGCAGCACAGACUCAGGAGAAAGACAGAGACAAAUUGCACCAACAUCACCAUCAUCAUCAUCAUCGAUGUCACCGCCGCCGAGACAAGAAGCAUAAAUCCCUGGACCGAGCUAUCAGUGAAGAACAGCCUGCCUCUUUGGAUCCAGCGCCGGAUCUAAUCAGCGAUCCGCGGGAUCGAGCACGUGAAUGGGACAGAGACCGAGGUCGCUCUCAAGAGCGGAAGCACCACUCGUCCUCUGCCCCAGAUAGAAAGCAACGUUACUAUUCCUGUGAUCGUUAUGGAAACAGAGAGCACUUUCACAGCCGAUCACCUGGGCCAAGCAGAUCGACAUCACCCGGAGAUCCACAAGAACCCAACAGAUUCAAAACGGGUGGUAACUCAGCUAAGGGUAGCCCGAUGGUCUUCACCUCAGGCACCAGUACACCAUGCCGUGGACGAAGACAGCUCCCUCAGACACCGCUCACCCCAAGGCCUGCAGUGGCCUUUAAGUCUACCAGCUCUUCUCCAUUGCAGAUGGCUGCCACCCGCUCAUCCGGGCCAGUCCCUACCUACCUGAGUCGAGGGCAGUCAGAGCACGACGCCUUGCUCGGCAUCACUCACCAAGCAUCUCCUGUGCCUGUUACUCGGAUCGGAUCUGACCCCAACCUCGGCCCACUGCAGCGAGACCCACACCUGUCAGAGGCCGAAGAUUUCCACGAUGCUUUGAGCACCUACAGCUCAGGACGUUUUCCAAGAACAGUCUCUGCCACCCAUUCAUCCACAGGGGCGGUGCCAUCCAUGCUUCAGCAGAGUCAGAGUGGAGUACCUAACGGGUACCACUUUACCCUUGGAGUUAGUACAUCUCUGGGCUCCAGUACCAGGAUUUCCCCAAGCUAUCAUGAUACAGAUAAAGAUGACUGGUGCUGAUGAAAUGGUAACCAAUAUAUGUCUUAAAUGUAUCUUUAAAAUGUGCAGGAUGAGUUUUAUCAUCUUUGCCUCAAGAUUGUGCGAUGACUGUGUGAAGGUAGAAUGGAAUCCUGAGGCGCUCUAGAAGACGGGUUGAGUUAAAUCUUUUCAUGAACGUGGUACAGUUUGUGAAAAUAUGAGUGCCAUGAUGAAUUUGAUAAAGCAAGGUGAGCUCUGUCUGCCACUGAAGAGGAGAAAUAGUUCAGCAAUGCCCUCUGCUCUCUGAAAUCAAAUGAAUAGGGCUAAACUCGGCAGAGGGCAAAGAGAUACAGCCAUGUUUGAUUAGAAAGCACAAACUAUAAUGGAAGUGCAGGACUUCUGCUCAUCUAUAUGGUAUUGUUAAGAACCUGGACCUCUCUUUAUGUCUUAAAAACAAACCCAUAUUAAAUCCUUAGUUUUGUCCAGAUUCUUAAUCUUCAUAUUUUUUCCCUGCUGCUGCUUCAAGCUGUUUCUUCCUCUUGAAAGUGGCACAGAUAAAAUGGUCCCAGUAGCUAAAUCGUAAUUUGUUUUAUAAGCAGUACAGUAAGCAUCUAUUAACAGUGUUCUUUUUUUUUUGUACCUUGUACAUGAAGUGUGUACUGUAGCUGGGUAUCCUGUAAGGUCUACUCUUUUUUAAAAAAAAAAAUAAAUAAAAUUACCCUCAAGUGGUAAACUACCAAGUGCCUAACCUUUUGAGGUUAACUACUGUAUGAGUAUGAUGUACCGUGAGGCAUUAUUAACCUGAGAAAGGCAAAUACUGGAUACUGUACACUGUAGGUAAAAUGUCACAGAUAUUUGUUCUUUAUAUUUAUCAUAGCAUGUUAUGAAGACAGAGAUUAUGACAUUGCACAAAAGAGAGAAUAUAAGUGAGAUUUUUAUAGAUGUUUGUCUGAAAGUAUGGCACGUGAGUAAAAAAAAAUCUGUACGCUGCAGUGACGAUAGCAUCGACAACGUAGCUUCAAGAAGGUACCGUAACUAUGAACUAUAGGGAAUUGAAUGAUGCUGAAAAUGUUUUCACUAUGUCUGAAUCGAAUGCAUGUUGGGAGAUUCUACACUUGGUGUUGGUGUUGUUGUAACUGCAUUGUGUGAUGUACAAUUUUAUUUUGCCAAAGAGUACAUGGUGAGCUCUUGCCUUUCUAGUAUUAGAACUGAUUUAAUUACAUGGAGUCAAGAAAGACAUGAUACAUUUUGGUAGGAACAUAAAAUAAUAUUCUGAAAAAUCUAUAUAUUUCACUAAAAUCAUGUACAUUUUGUUCAUACUAUCAAAUUUAACAUAUUGCUGUACCCUUUCAUGGUAAAGAAGGAAGAUGUGGUUCUUUGGUAACAUUGGGUGACUUUGAUUAGUUCCAAACAUCGUCAUCAAAUCAUUGUAUAAUAAGACAAAAUGAAUAUUUAUUUGUAACACACGCACACAAACUACUCUAAUAAGAACAUCUGUACAACUGAACCUUCAAGCAGUUUUCCAUUCAGCCAAUCAUGUGAGAGCUUUUGUUAAAGUUGACUAAAUAUCUACUUGAUAUUUAGUCAAUAUUUAGUUAAAUAUCUACUUGAGGAAAAAAAAUCUCUGAGUGACUUGGCUUGGUUGUUGGUGCUGGACAGGUUUGAGUAUUUCAGAAGUUGCUGAACCUCUAAUAUUUUCAUGUGCACAACCCUGUCUAAAAAUACACAGAACCAUUUAAAUAUAUCUAGUGACAGAUCUGUAGUUAUUGAUGUCUCGUUGAUGAAAGAGGUCAGAAGAGAAAGCCUAUGGUACUAUGAAGCAGUGGAGCUACAGCCAAGAACAGGAACCUAAUGCUAAAGUGGACACAUACAGAAACAAGAUAGCCGAAAAUUUGAGCAACCUUAUUUAUGGUUUUAAUAAUAUUCACCUGUCUAGUUUUGGUGAUUCUGUACUUGCUGUAGCCUCAGAUUUUUGUUAGACUUUGGCUAACAGGAGUGGAAGCUGAUGUAGGUUUCUGCUGUUGUAGGACACCAGCCUCAAGACUUAACAUGUUUUGCAUUCUGGGAUGCUUUUCAGCAUGGUUGUAGUGAUUAUUAGUUACCUUAGCAUUCAUGCCAGACAUUUUGCUCUGAGUUUUCUUAUUAAAAAAAUGUUUCUACCAGUAGAACUGUCCCUCACUUUCUCCAGAGCCCCACUACUCAAACUACACUUACAACAAAGCCACAAAGUCACCGAGAUGACAUUUCUCCCUAGUUCUAAUGCAUGAUGUGAACGCUUAACUAAAACCCGAAAUUUAUAAACAUCGAAACUCCUACCACAUGAUUGGCUGAUUGGUUGAAUAACUGGAUGAAUGUAUGAACUACAUGAAUGAAAGGAAUUUAUUGUUCCUAAUAAAGUGAUUGGUGAGUGUAGAUGAUAUUUCUCAGACAAGCUUCCUGUGUCCUGUAAUUGCAGGGAUGAGACGACUGUUGAGAAACAGUACAGCAGGGCUAUGCAACAUGGCGACACUUUAUAAUCGUUCCUCAUCUUCUGUAGCUUUAUCUCCUAGACUAGACAGUUCUGGGACCAAGACAAUUUUAUUUAGUUUAUACGUUACAGUGCUGUACGUGAAAUACAUUUGAUUGGAAAUCUGGUAAGGCCAAUUUUCUGUUUACAAGUGUACAAGCAGGACAAAUGCAUGCCAUAGUCCUGUCCUCAAAAGUGAAUUUGAAUUUGUGUUGUUCGGCUCAGUACAGUCCAUAAUAAUUGGUGAAUGAUUUAAAGAUUUUUUUUUUUAUAUAUAAAAUAAUCAACCUCAAAGUGAUCCAUCUUUGACCAUGUUUUACCUUCUAUUUUCCCUUUUGAAAGGGAGAUGUGAUUUGUGCGCCUAGUACAUCUGUAACUGUUCUAAAGCCAUUCCUAUAAAAAAAAAGCUACAAAUAAUUAUUGUACUCAAAUUUUCUGCCAGGUGCCAAAUUUAACACAGCACCAUUUUGUCAUCCUCAUGCUGUACCUUGUUCAGUUGACCUGUGGACAUUGUGUUUAUGUUUGCAUGUUACAAUGACAUGUGCAUGUACAAAUAUAUGUUUGACAUUAUUUAAUUUUGAUUCCUAUGAGGGGUUCACUGCCUUUUUUUAUACAAUUAUCAAUUAAAAAAAACAUUUGUGGGGGUUAAAUUGAGAAACUCAUUGUAGAACUUUUGUGUAAAAGAGGUGUUGAACAAAACAGAAAAUUACAUUUAGGCUAUGAAAGCAUGGGACUAAAGUUUUUAAGCAAGAUCAGACACCACCACUGUUCAUUGGCUGUCUGCUUAGUUUCCAUUCAUUGCCAUUUUGUACCACUGAACUGAAAAGAGGAUAUAUACGAAAAUAAAUAAAUUAAUAAAAGUUUUAUGAAACAA